AUGGCGAUGGACGGUGAGGCCUUGUGGGCUCUGCCUGUUAUGUGGUCUAUGACGGGACUCGUUUUUCUGUUUCUUCUUCUACGUAUUUAUACGCGCGUAGUGUGCCUUUCAUCAUAUGGUCUCGAUGACCAAAUCUACAUCGCCGCAUUUGUUUUUCUUCUUAUCUUCAACAUGUUCACGCAUCUAGCAGCCAACCAUGGUUUCGGACAAACACCGGACGAGAUCGGGAACAUGGAGGAAGUAGUUCGUGCCACUCUGUUUGAAUGUAUUGGCCAAGGAUUCGCCAUUGUGGGGAUGGCCAUUGCGAAGUGGUCCAUGGGCUUUUUCCUGCUACGAAUAGUUACACUCGGAUGGCACAAGAUAGCUAUCUGGACAGCAAUGGUUCUUGUGGGACUCGCCUCUAUUGCACAGGUCCUUUGUUUUUGGCUGUCAUGCGUGCCCUUUGACUACGUGUACGAUCGCAGAAUUGAGGGAGGAUACUGCCCCAUUGAUACGAGGCCGACUUCGUACAUUCUAUGUGUGUCUACAAUUUUUGUUGAUAUGUUCUUCGCUAUAUUUCCUUGGGUGUUUAUUUGGAAGCUACAGAUGCCAAAACGCGACAAGAUCACUAUCGCGGCGAGUAUGAGCUUCGGACUUAUUGCUGCAGCAGCAGGUAUCAAGCGUACUGUCGAAGUAGAGGGCCUCUAUACGGAGAACUACCUGAGAGACAGUGUGGGUUUGAUUGUUUGGUCAGCUGCUGAGAUGGCUAUUACAAUGAUCUGUGUCGGCAUCCCCGUUUGCCGGCCGCUUUACAAGCGUCUUUUUCAUCGAUUCACGUCCGAGAAUGCCAGCUCGGGGUACCAAAAACAAAAUGAAGAACGAUCCUCUUCGGUCCCUCUCCGCACGAUUGGCGGUGGAAUGGUCGGCGGAGGCGGUCGCCCACUGCCUCAGAGCAAGACAGACACCACCAACAAGUCGGACACUGAUGAUCUAAGCUUCAAGGAUGCUGCGCUUGGUAUCAAAGGAUCUUCCACUCGCACACAAGUCAGCAGGGGAGACAUACCGAUGGAUAACACUUCGGAUGAAGAGAUUUUGGGGGAGGAGUUCCGGAAAAGCCAAGUCAGGCAGACUGAGGGACGUGACUGUAACAGGUAUGACGAACAAGAACCCAGACUUGGCGGCAUACUCGUGACAGAGACUUACAACGUCGAUCGGUCGUAA